AACUAAAACGUAAAACGUUGACAAAUAUCCGAAUUUCGAUCUUCUUCGUGAAUGUUGCAAGAGAAUCCCUUAAGAAAAAAAUUAGUUAAAAUUCAUCAUUUUUUGACACCAAAUAUUGUAAAAAUUUUAUAAAAAAUCUGGUUCAAAAGGGGAGUAGACAAAGAAUGGAAAUCAAACGAUUCCUUUGCUGUCUUAAUGUCAGAGAAGGAAGUAUUGUGUGUGGUAUUGGAACUAUGGUGAUUGGAGUGCUGAGGUUGUACUUUCUUUGGUUCAACGUAGCAUAUCUACAUCGUCUGACCAAGACACAGAUCAAAGACUUGCCUCUUCCUAUAGAAACUCUUUCGGUCAUCCAUAAAGUACAAAUAUCAAUAACAGUUUUCACCCUUAUUGUUGCUCUUUUACUUCUGAUCGGAAUAUGGAAGCACAAAAAAGGGCUUUUAAUUCCAUGGAUUGCCGGGAUAUGGACUGAGGAACUUCUUGACAUUGGUACUGUUAUCUUUUAUAUUGCCAAGAAAGUCAAGAUGACUGCUUCAGUUUACAUUGGGGACAGCCUAUUUCUGCUGCUUAAUAUAUAUUGUAUUCUCUGUGUUUAUUCCUAUUUCAAACAACUAAAAAGAGAAGACAAGAAAGAUCAGAGACCCUUUUACAACUUGGCAGCUAUGCCAGAAGAAAGUGAUGAAGAGUUCCUUAUUGAAUAAAACAACAGAAAGCCAAGCCCUGCUGCCGCUUAUUAAUUUGUCUUCAGACAAUAUACAGGCUCCUGAUACUAGUUUAUCUAUGUUUAAAAAAAGCUUUUAACAGAGCUUAGUUUUCAAGUGACGUUAGUCACUGCCAGAAUGCAACACGUCCUCUAUUUACUAGAUGGUAAAAAGACUUCCAGAAAUACAGCCCAAUUUUAGUGGAUAGGUUUUGCUAGCCAUAUGCUUUUAAGGAAUGAACUAAAAUAUUAAGAAAAAGAAAAAUGUAUAUUUGGCCAGAAAAAGUUUUUAUGAAAAAUUUGAGUACCAUGUAUUACGUACAUAGUAAAGUUAACUAACCAAAACAAAAUGUUCACUAGUAUUUGACUACUAGUUAACUAUUGCCAAGUUCAAGCCUACUGAGAAAUAUCUUUGAAUCAUUAUUACCAUGUCUGUCAUCCUAUUGUGAAUUUUUAAUAAUCCAAAACUUUAAACUAAAUUUAGGACUUGUUUAAAUUGUCAUAGAUUUAACGUUGUAUGUAUAUUCCUCGUAAUAAUGUGAUAAGUGAAAACCUACAAUUUUGAUUAAAUAUUUGAGAAUUGUCA